UGUUAAUCAAAUCAUAAAAAAGCAUAACACCGACAGGAAAUUUUGUUAACAUUUCACAAAAAUAAAUGGAGUUAUUGAAGUUUUAAAGAGAUAAUGAGUGACAUUGCAGCAAAUCAGUCUCGCAUGAUGAACCCUGGAGCUGCUCCCCCCACCUCUGGGUCUGGAAGUCUGAUGGCCGGUUCUUCCAUGUCACAAGCUGAAAGAGAGAAGGUUUAUCAGUGGAUCGGGGAGCUAACGAACCCUGACACACGAGAGAACGCUCUCCAGGAACUCAGCAAAAAGAGGGAGGUUGUGCCCGACCUGGCUCCGAUGUUAUGGCACAGUUUUGGGACAGUGGCUGCCCUGUUGCAGGAAAUAGUGCAUGUGUACCCUGCAAUAACGCCGCCACAUCUAACGGCACACCAGUCCAAUAGAGUGUGUAAUGCUCUGGCCCUCCUACAGUGUGUGGCGUCACAUCCUGAGACACGCUCAGCCUUCCUCACUGCCAACAUACCACUGUUUCUGUACCCCUUUUUACACACGGUGAGCAAGACGAGGCCGUUUGAGUAUCUUCGUCUUACGAGUCUUGGAGUUAUAGGAGCACUUGUCAAGACAGACGAACAAGAAGUGAUCAACUUCCUGCUUACCACAGAGAUUAUUCCACUGUGCCUACGAAUCAUGGAGUCAGGGAGUGAGCUUUCAAAGACAGUGGCGACCUUCAUUCUCCAGAAGAUUCUGCUGGAUGAAACAGGACUGUCGUAUAUCUGUCAGACCUAUGAGCGAUUCUCCCACGUAGCCAUGAUUCUGGGCAAAAUGGUGCUGCAUUUGUCCCGUGAGCCAUCGGCAAGAUUGCUUAAGCAUGUUGUGCGAUGUUAUCUUCGUCUGUCAGAUAAUCCCAGAGCUCGUGAAGCCUUGCGCCAGUGCUUGCCAGAUCAGCUGAAGGACAGCACAUUUGUCAACUGUCUCAAGGAUGAUAACUCCACGAAGCGCUGGCUCGCGCAGCUCCAGCAGAACCUAGAAACUCCGGGUGUGCCUGACCCACGAAACCCUGGCAUGCCACUACAUCAACAGUGAAGGGGAGAAUGAAAGGGGGAAUUUGGGCUUAGAGAAAGUGUGGGGAAAGGAUGGGAAGGGGAUAAGAGAGGGUAUUGAGUCCCCAAGGAUAUGUAUGGGAAAGAGGGGGGAAAAUAAGUGAGAACUUAAAGGGAAUGCCUGACCCAUGAAGCACUAGAAUGCCACUGCAAGCAGUGACAAGGAUAAUAAAGGCAUGA